AUGGCUCGGAGCCUCGCCCGGUAUAUCGACCGCGACGACGGUGAGCGCAUCACGGCCAAGGCUUGUUAUCCCUACUUCUACUUCUUCUCAAACUUUGGCUGUCGAUCUGCCCCUUCACUUCAAGAAGGAGAUGUUCUGCCCAGCUGCCCCUGCUUGUUCAUGUAUGGACAGAAGUUUGGAAGAAACAAGCCAUUCACGUUUCACAAAGCUCGGUGGGCAGAAGAAAUCAAUGCACGUGCUGAUAGCCUCGUCGUGCCUGUGAACGCAGGGCACUAUUUGCAGGCCGCCUGGUAG